GUGUGUGCGCGUGUGGAGCGAGCGAGGCGAGUCAGCUGGUGGAAAAGUGCAGAGAGCGGUGGAUGCGUGCGUGUGUUUGGCCGCGUGAGUGUGCGUUUGUGUGUGUGUGUGUAUGAGUGUGUUUGUCUCGUGUGCAAGGAGAGCAGUUGGUGGGGGAACAAGGUGAAGACAACAGAGCAGCGGACAGUUUUUUUGUUUUGUUUUUGGUUGGGGGGGUAGAAGCAGCAGUUUGUGUGGAGAUCCAGACGAGGACAGUCGAAGCGCGCCGGGUGCUGCUCCGCCGCGCGUCCUGGACACGAUCCGGAGCUGCGUCCUGCCCUUUCAUUACCGGAGCUGAUGAGACCAGAGGGUCAUUCCCUGCAGAGGCAACACUGAGGAAACAUCAUGGCCUUAGCGGGAUGCCCUGACUACUUCUUACGUCACUCAAACUACCAGGAAAGGAUGGAGCGCUCUUCCUCUCGCAGGCCUGAGGAGCUGAUCGUUCCAGGCUUUCAACGUUCAGCAAAUCAGAAUUUGCCACAUCACCAUGACGACGAUGUGGACCUGGAGCAGCUGGUGAAUGACAUGAACUCCUCCAUGGAGAGCGUUUACUCCACACAGGCGGACACAGCCCUUCUCCUAAACAACGGCCACGCUCCUCACAACCACCACCCCCACCAGGUGCAGGCUGCCUACCUGGGCCACAACCAGGCUCACCGUCGUCACACCCCGCCCCUGCAUCCUUCUUCCCCCUCCAGGGAAAGGCUGAGGCACUCUCAGCCCAUGCACAUCCAGGCUGUCAGGUGCCUGAGGGAAGCGCAGCAUCUGCGUCCAGCCUCCCUGCCCGCCAUCCCCAAUCCUUUCCCUGAGCUCUGCAGCCCAGCAGGAUCCCCCAUUCUCAGCCCCAUUCAGACCUCCGAGAACCACAUAGUGAAGGUGUGGAGCGAGGAUGGGGCCGGUAAAGUGGUGGAGAUUCCUGCCGACAUGACGGCCAGAGACGUGUGCCAGCUGCUGGUCUACAAGAGCCACUGUCUGGACGACAACGCCUGGACGCUGGUGGAGCACCACCCCAUCCUCGGCCUCGAGAGAUGUCUGGAGGACCACGAGCUGGUGGUUCAGGUUCAAGCCUCCAUGAGCAGCGACAGUAAAUUCCUCUUCAGGAAGAACUAUGCCAAAUAUGAAUUCUUCAGGAACCCCCUGAACUUUUUUCCAGAGCAGAUGGUGGCUUGGUGUCAGGAGUCUGAUGGCUCGAUCCCUCAGUCACAGCUCUUACAGAACUUUCUGAACUCGAGCAGCUGUCCAGAGAUCCAGGGCUAUUUGUCUGUGAAGGAGCCUGGACGCAAGUCCUGGAAGAAGCUCUACAUGUUCCUGCGGCGCUCGGGUCUCUAUUAUUCUACUAAAGGAACAUCCAAGGAGCCCAGACACCUGCAGCUGCUGUCAGAUCUGGAGGAUAGUAACAUCUUCACCAUCAUCACGGGCAGAAAACUUCACAACGCCCCCACAGACUACCAGUUCUGUAUCAAGCCCAGUAAAGUGAGGAGUGACUGUAAGGAACUGAAGAUGCUGUGUGCCGAGGACGAACAGAGCAGGACCUGCUGGAUGACCGCUUUCAGACUGUUCAAAUAUGGGAUUGUUCUGUAUCAGAGCUACAACGUCCCCCAGCAGAGGAAGUCGAACCUCUCGCCUUUCUCUGCGCCUGUGCGGAGUGUAUCUGAGAACUCGCUGGUUGCCAUGGACUUCUCCGGACGGACUGGACGCGUCAUCGACAACCCAGUGGAGGCCCAGAGCGCCGCACUGGAGGAGGGACAGACCUGGAGGAAAAGGAGCCAGCGUAUGAAUGUCCUGGGCAGUCCCAGCCCCCUGCAUCCAUCGUCUCUGAGCACAGUGAUCCACAGGACACAGGUGUGGUUUCAUGGUCGCAUCAUGAGAGAGGAAGCCCACAAAAUGAUCAUACAACAAGGGCAAGUCGACGGGUUAUUCCUGUUACGGGACAGUCAGAGUAAUCCCAAGGCAUUUGUGCUCACCUUGUGCCACCACCAGAAGAUCAAGCACUUCCAGAUCCUACCGUGUGAAGAGGACGGUCAGGUGUUCUUCAGCCUCGACGACGGCGCCACCAAGUUCACCGACCUGAUCCACCUGGUGGAGUUCUACCAGCUCAACAGAGGAGUGCUGCCCUGCAAGCUCAAACACCCAUGCACCGCUGUGGCCUUGUGACACUCCACCCACCCGACACCACCCCAUUUUUUGCACACCUCUCACCCUGAGAUCCCCCUCCCUCCCCCUUCGCCCCUCCCUCACCAACACAACGGGGUUGAGGAGAUAGAGAGAAGUUACGUCAUGUUUCGGGGGACGCCGCCAACUCAGUAGGAGCCGGCGUUGGGGGUUUCACGUCCCCGGCGCCCUUUUUUCUCGGCCUUCCUGCUGUUUGGAUGCGUGAACCGCUGCGAGAGUCCAAGUGUUGCAGAUUGUGGUCAGCAGUUGCCCAACUCCUGCGAUGUUGUCAUGGAGACUCUUGUUGUUUUGUUGUUGCCGUUCUGACCCCGGAGAAAGAUCAAGCUCUGUGAAAACACACACAACAGCUACAGUAACGUCUUUCCAGCAGGAGCGCUGCGGGUCUCUUGGAUGGAUCCCUCCCUCAGAGCCCCUCACCCCUCACCCCCUCCACCGACCUCCCCCAUCCUCCAGGCCUGAUAAGCUGUGGUGCCCGCCCCACCCUCGCUCCCUCGCUACCGAGGCGAGCAGGGAGCGCCACCCCUCUGACUUCCUCAUUGAUCAUCAGGGAUGGACGGGAACCUCUCUGGCUCUUUAUCAAACCCGAUCCAGGAGUUUUCUCAACCUGUGCAGUCCAGUCUGGAUAAGCUGACACCCUGCCCCCUCCUCUUUCCCUCCCUCCCCAGACAACACCUUCGCGGGGCUUGAAAUGGCGUCUCUGCUGCCACCCACGACCCCCUCUGGUGCCACCCUCCCCCCGAUCCCGCCUCCACACAAGCUCAGAGAAAAGUCGGGAGAGAAAAGAUCGAAGCUAAAGGCAAGACGAGCAGAGCAGUGGCGAGGGUUUGCUGAAAGGACAGAGGAAUGUUCAUCAGGAAGGCUGUCACAGGCCUGUCUUGUAGAGUUGAUUACUUGAUGUCAUUUUAAUGCUGUUUUAUUACUGUUGAUUCAAUGCAGAACUAGUUUUGCACUCCUGGGCGGACAGACGACAGCUCUCUAGCUAAAUGAAGCUGCCUCCUCUUCCUCCUCCACUCCCCUUCUGAAAAGCAUGCAUGUGAAUUUCCACCAGCUCCGAUUGGAUUUACAGUGGCGUGGGAGCAAAGAGUCACAGCUGAUUAUGCAGUGCCUUUCAGAAAGGUUUAGGAACAUGUUGGACCUCCGUGCGUCUCGUACCAACAAGACCGCGCUACCAUGAAUAACAAAUGUGCUCUUGAACCAGCUGCCGCAUCUCAAGACUGCGAGGAAGAGGAGGAAGACUGUUAAAUAGACUCCUGAAAAGUGUGUCCACCCCCAAGCUUCUACCAUUUCAGUCAUUUUGUUGUUGAAAUUGAAAGGGUUAUAUCUGUCAGUGAAUUUGUCUUUGAAUGUCAUUUUCUUUUCCUAAGUCUGUUCUGAGCUCACUGCUUGCACGUGUUAAUCAUCCUGAUUUGUUAUCGAUGGGUUGGAGCUGUCACGUUCGGAUUCUGACCACUGUUCCCUCAUACAAAGCAACAAAAGCACUCUCAUGACUUUUUUUUAAAAUAAUGAAUUUGAACAAAAGACUUGAAACGUGACGUCAGUUGACUGUGCAUCAACACACAGUUGAAUGAGCUUCACUCGCCUUAAGUGAAAAAAGAUGAGCCUUGUGUAUGAAAUUGAAACGAUGUUAAAAUGCACAUACAGCAACAAGUUUGGGAUUUUAAGAGGAUGAAAUACCAUUAAGAAUGAUUAUAUGAAGAAUUAUGUGGAGGAAUGGUGUGAGAUUUGCUCUCUUGUCGAGAAAAUAGAUGCUCCUUUCAGAGCGGUUAGCUAAAAACGAAGCUACUGUGAGCUAAACUAGUUAGCCCUUCUCUGCCUGAAGGUAACAAGAUCUGCCAGCCAGUUUCUCUAAGGCCAGUUUAAAGCCUUAGCUGAACGGAUAUUACGGGCACAUAGUUGUGUUGCGCAGCAAAAACUCAAAAUCUUACCAAGUCUAUUUGUCUUAUUUUUAGUGAAAAUGCCUCAUCCCACUUGAUUUAACAUAAAUUCUCUUAACAAGUGACAUUUCAGCAAGAUGGAGGGACUAGUUUUAAGAAAAUGCAUCUUGAGUUUCUUUUUAAGUCAAGCAAUCUUAAAAUUAUCUUGUUUUGAGUUGAAUUUUACAGGAAAACUGAAAAUAGGUUUAAUCCUCGUGUUGUCUUCCGGGCCAAAUUGAUUCAUUUUAAAGUUUGAAAAUGUGGAGUGAAACUUCUGACGUCCACAUUUUCAACAUUUUUGGGAAAUCUCUGAACAUUUUUUUGGUGGAAAAAAAUGUUUAACAUGUUUCUUAAGAACAUUCACAAAAAAUGGAUUUUUAUGUGAAUGUUCCUAAGAAAAUAUUAGAAGUUUUACUGAUAUAUAUGUAAUCACUUUAGAUAUUUAGGAUUUUUUUUGAAGAUUUUUACUAAUUUUUAAAAAAUAUUUACAAGAAUUUUCUUGCCGCUUCUAAUAUUUUCUUAAGAACAUUCACAAAAAAUGUUUUUGGGAAUGUGAUUUUUUUGUGAAUGUUCUUAAGAAACAUUUUUAACAUUUUUUUUCCACCAAAAAAUGUUCAAAGAUUUCCCAAAAUGUUGAAAAUGUGGACAUUUUUUUUUCUCCACAUUUUCAAACUUUAAAACGGAUCAAUUUUGACCCACAGGACGACACGAGGGUUAAACUUAUUUUGAGUUUUCCUGUAAAAUUCAACUCAAAACAAGAGCAUUUCAAGAUUGUUUGACUUAACAAAAUAUUUAAGAUGCAUUGUCUUAAAACAAGUCCCUCCAUCUUGCUGAAAUGUCACUUGUUAAGAGAAUGUAUCUUAAAUUAAGUGGGAUGAGACAUUUUCGCUAAAGAUAAGACAAAUAGACUUGGUAAGAUUUUGAGUUUUUGCAGUGCAUCGCCAAAGCCCUACACAUGCUACUGCUCUCGUAGACGCCACCGCUAAGGUUUGCCUGCAGCAUAAGAUUUAUGUCAUAGUCCAUGGAGGAAUCCACAGACAAACAGUAUAAAACUGAUUUUGUAGUGUCUGCAGGGGUCCAUGUGGCGUAAAUUUAGUCAUCUGCCGGACAUUUCCAUGGACGUAGUCCAUAUGAUUUAGACCAAGAUGUCUUUAAUCCAGAACUUUAUUGCAUCAUCAAUAACCAGACAUAAAGACAUCACAGCGGUGUCAGUCUUCUCAUCUAAUUCUCAGCAAGAGAGCAAAUAAGUGUUUUCCAAAUAAUGUCAAUCUCUUUCUUAAAAGUAAAAGUUCACUUGAAUUAGAAAACAGGUACUGGUGAUAUAAUCUCACAUCGGGCUGAAGUGUGACGUCAUGUCCAGAUAUUUCCAUCAGCAGCCUGGGAGUUUUUUAGCAUCAGUGGUGUCAGUCCCUCACAGUUAAGCAUUAAGGGCUUCUUUUAUAAAAACUGAACUGAACAGUCAUGCAGCAAGAAAUCAAUCAAAACAGAGGUAGAGGAGAACAAAACUGCUUAUAUGUUGCAUUUUCAGAAAUCCAGUGUUGAAAUUUGUUUAGAAGUUGAUUAACGAGUUCUCAAAUGGGAGGAUGUGCUACUUUUUAUCUUUUAGCAAGCCGAAUGUCUGGUUUUUGGACUGUUGGUUGGAUGAAAAAAAGCAAUUUUAAGAUAUUUUUGGCUCUAUAAAACUGUAAUUGUAUAGACCAAAUUAUUCAUCAGUUAACCAAAAUGUUUUAAACUAGUCGAUGCUGAAAAUAAUCAAUAGUUGCACCCCUGAAUAGUAUGACUUGCAUGCUGAAUAUUCUGCGUCCACAAACAACUCGAUAAUGCGUCUCUGAAAGCGUUCUGGGAAGUGAAUUGAAAAGAAGACAGAGCAGGUUAUGCUCGGAGAAGUCGCUCCACCAACGAAGCAGACUGAUGCUAAAGUGGUGUGUUUUUACCGUUUUAUUGUGUGUAGGAGAAAACACCAAACUCUGGCGGCCCCCAGUGGUAACAAAAGACACUGUAGCGUACACACUAAGACCGAGUGGGACACAAGCAGCACAUAGACGACAGCAACUUUCACCAGGUUGGGCUCAGUUUUUGUUUUUACACAGAAAUAAGAUUGCUAUUAGAAACGCAUCCCCAGAUAAAUUCUGCUCAAAGAAGCUUUAAUGGAGGUGAUUUUUUUUUUCCCCAAAUGACCAUACUACAGAGCAAGAAUAAAGAGGCCUCCUGUCCUCAGCUUAACCUUCUACAUCCUGUGCCAGAUUGUGAGUGAGCAGGGUUACCACGGGGACACCGGACUCCCCGCCAGGCCAACUAAACUCUGUCUAAGUGCUGUCAUUGACACACAGGCCACUGCCGCCACCGGUAAACCGAUCACGUGGCUUUAACCGACUCACCAGCUCUGCGCUCCACCAAUCGGGCCUUCCCAGUCGGUCAGGGCAGACUCUCUCCAGGGAUUGGAUAAUGCUUGAACCCCCCGCCCCCCUCUCCCACCUGUGUCCAGCCUGUAAGCUAUGACCCUGUGGUGAAUAUGUGUGUGUUUAUGUGUGUGUGUGUGGACGGCCAGACUGUUAUAUUCACUCUUCAGGAUUGCUAACUCUGCUGGUUAUCAUACUUUGCCUUUUUAGAGACAGUAAGAGGAAGGUUUGCUUGUCUGUUGGGUAAAGUCGAAACAGGAGUUUGGCUGGAGGCAUCCCAGCGUUCCCAGUCCUCAGCCGGGGUUCUUUCCUGUCUGUCAGAGCGGGACGCCAAGCCACGGCCGCUACGUAUCAGCGGGGACGAGUCACCGUCCUCUCCUCCUCCCUCCAUUUUUAAUCACUGUGCUCCAAUGCAAUCCUUUACACGAGUCCAAUUCUAUGAAUAUACCAGUAUAAAGUACCAUUUGUUUUCUAAGUAUGUGAAGCUACGAGGAAGAUGUAGAUCUAACACUGUACCUAGGUCACAGAUCACUAUGUAUGGGGUGUUAUGCUUUUGCUCAUAACUCCAUGUAAAAUGAAGAAUGAUUUAUUUUGUCCUCUUUUUCAUUUUUUUUUGAUUGUGUGUAUGUUGACAUUAUUGUGUAUUUUCUUUGGUUUGCCACAAAAUGACCUUUUAUAUAUAUAUAAAAAAGAAUAUACCACAGUAUAUACAGUAUUAAAUUAAACCUUUUUUUAUUUUAAAAGAUCAAACUGGAUUUUUGACAUGUGUCAAAUUUCUGAACAUCAGUUGUGUGUAUAAGCUGACAGUCUGUCAGAGUCCUCAACUCUGUCAGCAUCUAAUCUGAUGCCAUUCUGGUUUCAAACCACAUCUUUUGAAUAUCCCCUCUCUGUUUCCACUCAUUUACUUUUCCGUUUCUAGAAACACUCCAGUAAAUGUUUGGAUGUUAAUCUUACAUGCACACACACAACAGUGUUUUGUUUUCUUUCUUUUUUUUGCAUCAAGAGCACAAACACUAACACUUAACCCGUGGGGAUAUUCUUAGCAGCUUUUGUACACCUUUUCGUCACAAGUAGUGCAAUUAUACGCUGUAGCUCAAGAGGAUUGUGCAUUUCAUUAUGUCCAUUUACUCUGAUUUUAAGGUGCAUAACAAAGUUUGUUUUUAUUCUCUUUCUUAAUUAAGUCUUGCAGCAGGUGCCUCUUUAUAAACCGUAACAAGUCCUUAGUUGCCAUCCGUCCACUCACAGCGUUCAUUUCCAGUCACAGCUGACUGGAAAUGUAACCAUACUGGAACUAAACCUAGUGUUGUCAGGUCAACAUCACGUACAAGUCCCAUCUAGUUUGAUGACUUACAGUGUAAGUGCAAGUGAAACUAACGUAGUGUUGGUUGUGUUUUAUUGUUUGGGUUGAAGUCAUCAUAAGCUGAAGUCACAUGAACAUUUCAGGGAAAGAAAAAGAGCAAAUGAACCGUAAUCAUGUUUUUUUUUCACACACUGUGCUUUGCUUCAUUCUGUCUGUGCGGCUCCUGGAUCUACAUUGUAUCCUGUUCAGGUAUUUUUGUACAAAUAAGGGACUGAUAUAUUCUCUGUUUAUUGGAAAUUAGAAUAAAAGACAACAUUGCUAUAAACCAAA